AUGACAACUUAUAGUCAUGACGCUGGUCUAGUUCAGAUGUCAUCAGUCAGAUGUCAACAGUCAGAUGUGACCAGUCAAAUGUCACCAGUCAGAUGUCACCAGUCAGAUGUCAUCAGUCAGAUGUCACCAGUCAGAUGUCACCAGUCAGAUGUCACCAGUCAGAUGUCAUCAGUCAGAUGUCACCAGUCAGAUGUCACCAGUCAGAUGUCACCAGUCAGAUGUCAUCAGUCAGAUGUCAUCAGUCAGCUGUCACCAGUCAGAUGUCAUCAGUCAGAUGUCAUCAGUCAGCUGUCAUCAGUCAGCUGUCAUCAGUCAGCUGUCACCAGUCAGAUGUCACCAGCCAGAUGUCAUCAGUCAGAUGUCAUCUGUCAGCUGUCAUCAGUCAGCUGUCACCAGUCAGAUGUCACCAGCCAGAUGUCAUCAGCCAGAUGUCACCAGUCAGAUGUCAUCAGUCAGCUGUCAUCAGUCAGCUGUCACCAGUCAGAUGUCACCAGCCAGAUGUCAUCAGUCAGAUGUCAGCUGUCAUCAGUCAGCUGUCACCAGUCAGAUGUCACCAGCCAGAUGUCAUCAGCCAGAUGUCACCAGUCAGCUGUCACCAGUCAGAUGUCAUCAGUCAGAUGUCACCAUUCAGAUGUCACCAGUCAGCUGUCACCAGUCAGAUGUCAUCAGUCAGCUGUCAUCAGUCAGAUGUCACCAGUCAGAUGUCACCAGCCAGAUGUCAUCAGUCAGAUGUCACCAGUCAGAUGUCACCAGUCAGAUGUCACCAGCCAGAUGUCAUCAGUCAGAUGUCAUCAGUCAAACCCAGCCUAA